AAUGGAUAACUGCACAAGAACACUUUGUGCGGCUGUCCAAAUGUGAUUACAAUUUUUGCAAGUUUCCACACGUUUUCUAAAUUUCACCAACGAAAUCCCCUGCGUGUUUUAAAGAGCAUUUGUUUAUUCUGUGAUGGGUUCAAGAAAUUCGGUACCUGAAAACAUUUACAGCGAUUCAUAUUUAAUUAAACAGUUGUCCGAUUUUUAUAGCUGUGACCUUCUGGGCCAUUAAUUUGGCGCUGGGCGCUGAAAAUAGUUAAUUCUGUUCAGCAUAUUGAUGGGGCUCAUUAAAACCACCUGUCGUUCAGGUAGGGCGGGUAAUUGCUUGAUUGCGCUGCGCCAUGGCCAUUUGGCAAAUCCCUUCGAGACAUAUCACAUGCGUUUGUUUUAAAAAUAUAUUGGGAUCCUGACAUAGCUGCACUUAUCAGCUCUUAUCAAAUAUAAAAAUGAUUAUAUGUUAUCUGCGAACCUGUACAGAUAAGCUGGAGAUUGCAUUACAUUUUCUGGUAGUCAUCAUUUGACAUAUGUAUAUAACGUUCAGAUCACCGGACAAUAAAAAAGAAGCCCGUCAAUUUUCUCCACAUCAGCGACAUGAAGCGGAAAAUUAAACAAAUAUUGGCAACCGGUUUAAACAUUUCAUUAUUUCUAUGGAUAAUAAUUUGCCUGUCAAUAUAUCUGUUCGUGCCGGAUAGUAGGCGCAUUGUGCCACAGCAGCUAACUACAGUGGAGCUUGGCGCUGCGUACAGUGAAAACCCGCAGCAGUUGAUCGAUUUACAAGAUUUUGAAUUUGUCAUAGAGCAAAUGUCGUGCAAGCCUCACAUCCGGGCGCUCAUCAUGAUCCACUCGGCGCCGCACAACAUUGAGAAACGCUCCGUGAUACGUCGGACAUGGGGCAGCCCGUCCGUUAUAUCAACCGGGUCGCCGUUGCGCCUCUUCUUUCUGGUCGGCGCCGUCGCGGAUGAUGGGAUGCAGGCCAUGCUGCUGGCGGAGCACACACGGCAUGGCGACUUGUUGCAGGGCAACUUUCUGGACGGUUACUUUAACCUGACCUAUAAGCAUGUGAUGGCUCUCAAAUGGUUCCAUACUCGCUGCAAGCCGGCGCAGCUGCUGAUCAAAGUGGAUGAUGACAUUUAUCUUAAUACGCCGCAGCUGCUGCAGCACUUAAGACUUCCGUUCUCAACAGACUCCGUUUUCGAGCAGACUCCAUCUGAGAAUCUGCUGAUGUGUGCCAUUAGGUACAGAGAUCGUGUGAUACGUUCCUAUUCGUCCAAGUGGCGCGUUAGCUUUUGGGAAUACUCCGGACGUUACUAUCCGCCCUUCUGUCCGGGCUUUGCAGUCUUCUACUCCUCGGAUGUGGUGAGGCGGCUCUAUGUGGCCGCACAACGUUCCAGUUUUUUUCGACUGGAUGAUGUUUUCGUUACCGGCCUGCUUUCCAAGCGCAGCAAUAUUACCAUAACUGACCUGACGCCGUAUGUGCUGUGCCCGGAAGAACUGAACCUGCUGCUAAGCCGAGGCACUGAACCGAAACAGUUGAGGUUUUUAGUGUCCUGGCACAAAAUGUCUGCGCAACAAAUUAAUGGUCUUUGGCAAUUAUAUGGAACUACAUAUUGAUAGACAUAGUGGGUAAACGCUUAGCUCCGGUUGGGGACACAGCACCGUUCCAUUAAUAUUGCUGCGAGCUAUAAGAAUCCAAUUUCCCCAUUGGGAAAUGCUAUAUUGCCGAGGUGUACAAAUUAUCGAUGAAUGAUAGCGUGUGGCAAACAUUAUUCAACUGGCCAAUUAAAUUUUCUUAUACUGAGUCCACAAAUGAAACAUAUCUCAGGCUCAUGAAUGAAUAGUUAAAGUUUGUUGAAUUGCCCUUUAAAAAAUUUAACUUAUUUUACAACCUAAUUUGAAAUAUAUUUAAGCGUUUCAAUAUUGAAUAAUAUUCUGUAGUAUAAAGUAUGAUAACAUUACGAAUACCCAUUAAAGUAAUAUUUGUAAAAUAUAA